AUGCCGACCACAAAUGUCGCCGAGGAAAGGAUGACUAAGUUUAAAAAUAAAGGCAAAGAACCUUCGAAACUCAGAGAACGUAGGAUUGCGGUUACUGUGGAACUGCGAAAAACACAAAGAAGCGAAAAUAUAUUGAAGAAACGAAAUAUAUCAUCUCUACCUGAUGAUGAGGCUCUCUCGCCGGAGUAUAACUCGGACAGUCGGGAGUUUAUUUUAUCGACCAUUGAGGAUAUCAUCGGCAACGUGAAUAGCGACAGUAAAGAGAAGCACACUCGCGGAUGUCAGGCAGCCAGGAAGCUGCUCUCUCGGGAGAAGAAUCCCCCGCUCAAAGAGAUCAUCGAUGCAGGGCUCCUCACUCGCUUUGUGGAGUUUCUGGGGCGUGACGAUGACCCCACCCUGCAGUUUGAGGCAGCGUGGGCCCUCACCAACAUCGCCUCAGGCACCUCUUGGCACACGCAGCAGGUGGUGGAGCAUGGUGCUGUACCUGCCUUUAUCUCUCUGCUGGCAUCACCUCUGCUGCACAUCAGUGAGCAGGCUGUCUGGGCCCUGGGGAACAUUGCUGGUGAUGGUCCGGCAUAUCGAGAUGCAUUGAUUGACUGUGGUGUUGUCCCUGCACUGUUGGCACGACUAACACCAGAUGCUCCUGUCGGCUACCUGCGCAACCUGACAUGGACGCUCUCAAACCUGUGCAGAAACAAGAACCCUUUUCCUCCCAUCUCUGCAGUGCAGCAGAUCUUGCCCUCCCUGAUCCAGCUCCUGCACCUCAGCGAUAAAGAUAUCCUGUCUGAUGCCUGCUGGGCCAUCUCCUACCUCACAGAUGGCUCCAAUGAUCGCAUUGACAUUGUGGUCAAAACUGGCAUCGUGCCCCGCCUAGUAGCCCUCAUGGGAUUUGAGGAACUGUCUGUUGUGACCCCAGCACUUCGGUCCAUUGGCAACAUCGUGAGUGGUUCGGACUACCAGACACAGGUGGCCAUUGAUGCAGGCGUGUUGUCAGUCCUGCCACGACUCCUGCGUCACAGCAAACCUAGUAUACAGAAGGAAGCAGCAUGGGCUGUGUCUAACAUCGCAGCUGGACCCUGUCAGCAAAUCCAGCAGCUCAUCACCUGUGGUCUGCUGCCUCCACUCAUAGACCUGCUGAAGAACGGUGACUUCAAGACCCAGCGUGAGGCAGUGUGGGCCAUCACUAACUAUACCAGUGGAGGCACAGUGGACCAGGUGGUACAGUUGGUCCAAAGCGGUGGUCUGGAGGCCAUCCUUAACCUGCUUCAGGUCAAAGACAGCAAGACCAUUCUAGUGAUCCUUGAUGCCAUUAAUAAUAUCUUCAUGGCUGCUGCCAAGCUGGGGGAGACGGAAAAGCUGUGCCUCCUGGUGGAAGAGGUGGGAGGACUGGACCGGAUUGAGCUCCUGCAGAACCACGAGAAUGACUCUGUUUACCGGGCUGCUCAGACCCUCAUUGAGAAGUAUUUUAAUGAUGAAGGAGAUGAUGAAUGUCUGAAGACUGAAGCCACUGAAAAGGACUUCAUUUUCAAACCACCUGAAGUUCAGAAGCAGUUUGACUUUUAA